AUGGAAGCCAAAACGACUACCCUGCCACGUCCCAUGGGUCCAAGGGGCCCGACACCGGGUCGUAGGCCUCCCUUUCCGACGAUCAGGACGACAGGCAAUCUCCCGACGUCGCCAAUACAACCAGCGGAUCCCCCAAUGCUCGCCCCGCCCACUCUAGGAAUCCCACAGCGAGGAAAGAAGCCGAUAUUGGGCCUCAAGAUCGACAAAAACAACACUUCAUUCGAACUUUACGCUGGAGGGCCUAGUGGUCCUCCCGAGUCGUAUAUGUCUCCGGGCGAUGAUGCAAGAACGAUCAGACCUGGGCCCGCGACAAUCCAACCAGGCGGUGACACCGGCACAACGACUGUCCCUGCAUCCAAGCCUGGUGCAUCUGAACCUAUCACCCGAAUUCAAGAUCUACUUCGUGACUUGAAUUUGACGCAGCCCCCACCCACAGUUAAUCCGUCGCCAGGCGAUUCUAUCUUGUCCAAGAUCGAAGACCCGUCGUCUACACAGUGGUCAGAUGAGUGUUUCGAGGAGAUUUCCAGGCUCGGUGAAGGCGCUGGAGGAGCUGUCCACAAGGUCAAAGAUAAGCGCAAUGGGAUGAUCAUGGCGCGGAAGACGAUCACGACACGCGAGGCGCCAAUGAAGCAGUUGCUUCGAGAGUUGACAAUCAUGUCUUCAACCAAGCAUGUCAAUAUCAUCACCUUCUAUGGAGCUUACAUGUCGCCGUCUUCGAGCGAGAUCAAGAUCAUUAUGGAAUACUGCGAGGGAGGGAGUUUGGAGUCUGUGGGGAAGAGGAUCAGGGAGCGGGGUGCGAUUGUCGGAGAGAAGAUUGCAGGUCGGUUGGCCGAAGGGGUUCUCCAAGGACUCUCGUAUCUGCAUUCAAAGAAGACGAUCCACCGUGAUAUCAAACCCUCCAAUAUUCUUCUGUCGAAGGAAGGAGUGGUCAAGCUUUGCGACUUCGGUGUCUCUGGAGAGCUGAUCUUGUCGCAAGCUGGAACGUUCACGGGAACGAGCUUCUAUAUGGCCCCUGAACGUAUACAGGGCAAAGAGUAUACCAUCCGUUCCGACGUCUGGUCAACCGGAAUCUCGCUCCUCGAACUCGUCCAAAACCGAUUCCCUUUCCCCCCUGAUCUCCCGCCGAUAGAGUUGAUGAUGUACAUUACGAAUAGCGAGCCCCCCCGCCUUGAGGAUGAACCUGGCGUCAACUGGAGCGAAGAAAUGAAAGACUUCAUUAAGCAAGCGCUCACCGUGGACCCUGUUGAUCGGCCAACCCCGAAGGAUAUGUUAGAACACCCGUGGAUUAAGAAUAUGAUGAAGUACGAGAACACCAUGGGAAGAUGGAUUGCUCAGGUCUGGGGCUGGUCGCGGUCGAAGAAAUCCAGGGAUGAAAGCUCUUCACGACCGGGUACAGCGUCUGGAACGCCUUGA